AAACCUAGAGAGAGAGAAUAGAACGCUAGCACGUUCCCGACUAGCGAUCCAGUAACGUGCGCGUGGAUAUCAAUAGAGCUCGGGAUCAUCUCUCGGAGUGUCUGACAUCCUUGCUUUGAGUUUGCAAUGUACUGCUUAGGAUAAACUUCUUGGCAGUGGCCUGGCCUCGAGAAGAAGAAGAUGAGAGGAGUAGCUUUCUUCGUAAUCUCCAUUUGCGGUAGCUUAAUCUCGGUGUCUUGUGCCACCGCCCGGUUAUCAUCAAAUAAGCAACGUUAUGAGGUUGAGCAGCACUUGAAAAAGCUAAACAAACCUGCCGUUAAAACAAUUCUGAGUCCAGAUGGCGAUAUCAUCGAUUGUGUGCACAUAUCAAAACAACCUGCUUUUGAUCACCCACUACUCAAAGACCAUAAAAUAAAGAUGAGACCAAGCUACCAUCCGGCUGAAGGGCAAUUCGAUGCAAACAAAGAGUCAACAAGAGUCAACGCUAAUAAAGAAGCGACAAAUGAUACAAAAACAAUAGUGAGUCAGUUGUGGCAUAAUAAUGGGAAGUGUCCUUUGGGCACUAUUCCUAUAAGGAGAACAAAAGAAGAGGAUGUUUUAAGGGCUGGAAGUAUGGUGAAUAUGUAUGGUAUGAAGAAGCCCGGUAGCUUUCCGAUCAAGCCCGAGGAUGACUCCAACGAUGGGUCUAAAGGUGCACGUUAUGAGCAUGCAAUAGCAUAUGUUGGGGACGCGAAGAGCGACAAGUAUCAUGGAUCAAAAGUAACUAUUAAUGUUUGGGAACCAUAUGUUGAGCCUAACGAGUUUAGCUCGUCGCAGAUGUGGAUAUUGGGUGGUUCGUUAGAAGGACGCCUUGAAAGCAUUGAAGCUGGUUGGCAUGUUCACCCAGAGCUCUACGGUGAUAACAACCCAAGACUCUUCACUUAUUGGACUAUGGAUACAUACAAAACCACAGGUUGCUAUAACCUUCUCUGUUCUGGGUUCAUUCAGAUAAACAAUGAGAUAGUAGUGGGUGCUAUCAUUUCCCCAUUUUCAACUUAUGAUUACAAACCGCAGUACGAUAUCUCUGUGUUAAUAUGGAAGGAUCCAAAGCAAGGAGAUUGGUGGCUACAAUAUGGGAAUGAGUAUAUUAUUGGAUAUUGGCCAUCGUCCUUGUUCUCGUUCUUGGACAAGGAUGCAUCAAUGAUUCAAUGGGGCGGUGAGGUAAUGAACUCACAGAGUGGUGGUAGGCAUACCCCAACCCAAAUGGGGAGUGGUCAUUUCCCUGAAGAAGGGUUUGGAAAAACAAGCUAUUUUAAAAACAUCCAAGUUGUUAGUGGCUCCAAUAUUCUUGAUGCUCCUAAAGAUUUAAGUACCUUCACUGAAAAUUCCUCUUGCUAUGAUGUGCGGGCAUACACCAACAAAGGUUGGGGCUAUCAUUUGUACUAUGGUGGUCUCGGUAAAAGCGAUAUUUGUCCAUGAAGAAAGUUAAAACUUAAAAGUAAAUAGAAAAAGUGACCUCUCAUAGAUAUCUUUUAGUUUUGUAAAUGACAUUCAUAGUUGUGAAAUAAAUUGUAAUGUUUUGAUUUUGAGUUCUCUUGACAGUGCAUUAGCAAAUAUGGC